GCUGUUGAAAAUAAGUUAAAAAAAAACUCACAUAUAGGCCCACACAAUCGAGAUUAAACUCGCGUCACAAUGUAGAAGUGUAGAAGAAGGACUAAAAGUAGGCUACGGACAAAUGGUGUUGGGCUUGCAUGAUUAACCACUCUGGUGCGCGUAUUUUUACGCACCCCUCAUGGGGCUUUCUCUGCGCUCCCGUUGGCUGCUUCCCGACAUCCCACGAGCCUUAAUUGGCACCGUCAAUUUGAGCAGGAAACGUCCAAAAUGGUUUGCCGUCAGGUGCGCCCGUAAGUCACGCCCUGCGCCGUGAGGAGGAUGGUUGCCAACUAUAGCCUCGCUGGUGGAGCUCGCUAGCACCAGAGGUUUUUUAUAACCAACAUGAGGGCGACCCGCGCCAAGCCAAGCUUACUGAGUGUCUGCGCUCUGACCUGUCUGAUCUACCUGCUGUGCUCCACCUGCACCGGGGUGGGAGCCGGGCGCAAGAUGGCCUCCUCCCGUCACCCCACCUUGAGGCGCGGCCGGCGGAGUCACCAGGGCGCCAGGCACAGGGGAGCGCACCACCGUCCGCUCACGGACGAGCAGAAAGCCGACCAGAACCUGCAGUUCAUGCUCAGCCUGUACCGCAGCGCGGCCGAACCCGACGGCAGGCCCAAACAGCACCGGAAGUUCGGCUCCAACACCGUGCGCCUGCUGAGACCGGCCGCGUCCUCGGUGCACUACCUGCCCGCUCCAGGAGACCUCUGCUACACCUUUACGGUGCAGUACAAACUGGACACUCUCCCCUCGGAGCAGCUGGUCCGAGCCUCCUUCGUCCACCUGCGCUCCUCCCCCUACGCCUCCUCUCCGCCGCCACCGCCGCGCACCCACCAGGCCGCGGAGCCCCCCCGCUGCCGGGCCCAGGUCACCUCGCUGGGCGCGGAGAGCCUGGUCACCCUGGAGCCCCACGAGCGCUGGCUGGAGACGGACAUCACCGCCCACAUCGGCGCCCACAUCCUGCAGGGGAAGGGUCAGGGGGAGGGGGACCACCUGACCCUCACCGCCCAGUACUGGUGCACGGAGCCCGGGCUGGCCGAGGAGGCCGGCGGCGCCUGGUGGUGGUGGACGCCCCAUCGGGGGAGGAGACAGUGGAGCAGGGACCCCCACCUGGAAGCCCCCUCUCUCCUCCUGUACCUAGAGGAGGAGAGGGAAGCCAAGGAGUGGAUGGGGGACUUGCUGGGCGUGGAGGGGGAGGGCAUCAUGCGGCGGGUCAGCAGGUGGCACCCGGCCGUCCGCCACCGCCGCAGCUCCGCCCUGGACGGCUCGCCGCCGGACCCCACGGGCGCCUCGGCCGGCGUGCUGAAAAACCUCCCCCCCUCCUUCACCACGUCCCCCUCGUCCUCCGUCGUCCGCGACGCGCCCGGCGCCAAACGCAAAAGCGCCGCGCCCAAGAACCGCUGCAAGCUCCACUCCUUCCGCCUGUCCUUCACAGAGCUGGGCUGGGGCCACUACUUCCUGGCCCCGCCGGUCUACAACCCCCGCUACUGCCAGGGCGACUGCCCCCGCGUGCUGGACUACGGCUACCACUCGCCCAACCACGCCAUCAUCCAGACGCUCGUCCACGAGAUGGGCAUCGGGGACGUGCCCCCGCCCUCCUGCGUGCCCUACAAGUACAUGCCCAUGAGCGUGCUGCUGGUGCACAAGGAGAAGGUGGAGUACCGGGAGCUGGAGGACAUGGUGGCCGAGUCCUGCACAUGUCGCUGA